GGCACCGCCCAUAGGCCGCUUUCCCUGUCCGGCCCCUCUGGGGCCCGCUCGGUCUGCACUGGAUUCUCUGCCUCCGCCCCCAACUGCCCCUUUCCGGUCCCACCCACACUCGACUUUCCUCGUCUGGAACUCUGGCGCCUCCAGGGCCCGCACCGGGCUCUCUGCCUCCGCCGCCAACUGCCCCUUACGGACCAACCCACAGUGUGCUUUCCUCUUGCCGCUCACUUUGGCCGAACUCCGAUGCCGCUGCCUCCGGAGAUCAUACAGACGCCAUCAUGACUCUCCGCUCCCAGAAACCUCUGCACCCGCGGCCAAAAAAAAAAAAAAAAAGCCCAAGACCCGGAAGCAAACCCCAAGCUCUUCAGCCGCCCCGCGGACACAAGGACCAAUUAGCGGAGACCAAGAUUCCUUCAUUCCGGUACUGCGUGAACGGAGAGCCCCGGGUAGCCGACAUCAAGUCCCCGGCUAGCGAGAGAGCAUAGAAAAGGAUUACACCAAACUGUUUAAAUCCAACGGCUCCUGCUUCCUUUCUCCUGAGCUAGACCCAACAAGCCUAGAGAGUUGGGCUACGGAAAGUAGUAUUUGCAUUUAAUUGGAUAUGAAGAAAGAACAAAUAUGUACGGGGGCAACCACGAUCUUUAUAAAGGUUUUGUUUUCAAUACCACCCUGAAGACACUACAUUUGAGAUAUCUGUCCAAGACUGGGUAAUUCAAUAUACCUCAAGAGGACAGAGCCAAAGGUCAACUGAGGAACAUCAUAGACUUGCAGGCUCAGCCAUUAGUCCUGAUCAAAGCUUCUGUCCAGACUGGAUUCCCCUGGAGAAGCAGCAGGCCUGAGCAGUACCAUCAGCUCAUUGUAUUAAAGUCCACUGGGCAUUCCUUCUGACUCACAGAUCUUCAAACCGUUUUUGAAAAAGUAACAUUUUCCAGCAUCCUCACAUAUCCAGAAUAUACAGAAAAACUUGGCAGUUUGUUUAUUAAUGGAAGCUAUGAAGCCCAGUUGUGCUCAGAACCCAAGUUGUAGCAUAAUGAUAUUUCAUCCAACCAAAGAAGAGUUUACUGAUUUUGAUAAAUAUAUUGCUUACAUAGAAUCGCAAGGGGCCCACCGAGCAGGCUUGGCUAAGAUAGUUCCACCCAAGGAGUGGAAAGCCAGACAGACCUACGACGAUAUCAAUGACAUCUUAAUAACCGCUCCGCUCCAGCAGGUGGUCUCUGGGAGGGCAGGUGUGUUUACUCAAUACCACAGAAAGAAGAAAGCCAUGACCGUGGCAGAGUACCGCCACUUAGCAAAUACUGAAAAAUACCAGACUCCAUUCUACUCCGAUUUUGAAGAAUUGGAGCGAAAAUAUUGGAAAACCCGCCUCUAUGAGUCCCCAAUAUACGGCGCAGACAUCAGUGGCUCUUUAUUUGAUGAAAACACGAAGCAGUGGAACCUGGGACACCUGGGGACCAUCCAGGACCUGCUGGAGCAGGAGUGCGGGGUGGUCAUCGAGGGCGUCAACACCCCCUACCUGUACUUCGGCAUGUGGAAGACCGCCUUCGCCUGGCACACGGAGGACAUGGACCUUUACAGCAUCAACUUCCUGCACUUCGGGGAGCCCAAGACCUGGUACGCGGUGCCGCCCGAGCACGGCCGGCGCCUGGAACGCCUGGCCGGCGCGCUCUUCCCGGACAGCUCGAGGGGCUGCGAGGCCUUCCUGCGCCACAAGGCGGCGCUCAUCUCGCCCACGGUGCUCCGGGACAACGGCAUCCCCUUCGGUCGGAUCACGCAGGAGGCGGGCGAGUUCAUGGUGACCUUCCCCUACGGCUACCACUCGGGCUUCAACCACGGCUUCAACUGCGCCGAGGCCAUCAAUUUCGCCACCCCGCGCUGGAUCGAUUAUGGCAAAGUGGCCUCGCAGUGCAGCUGCGGCAAGGCGCAGGUGGCCUUCUCCAUGGACGCCUUCGUGCGCAUCCUGCAGCCCGAGCGCUAUGAGCUGUGGAAGCGCGGGCAGGACCGGGCAGUGGUGAACCACGCCGAGCCCGCGGCGCCGGGCGGCCAGGAGCUGAGAGCCUGGAAGGAGGUGCAAACGCUGGGCCCCAAGUACUUCCCGCCUCGCCGCACCACCCGCCUGCGUCAGCCCGUGUCCUCAAGCGAGGGCACCGACCCCAGAGCCCCUGUGCGGGCCGUGUCCCUGCGCCCCUUGCCUGCCCGGGGUUCCUGCUCGGCCUCCCAGUUUGACUCUGUCGCCAGCAGCAGCUCACGGAAGCCCAGCCAGACCUCUCCGCUGUCGCCAGGUCCGUCGGUGGCCUUGUGCCUCCACCCAAUUGGCAGAUGUGGUUCUCGUCGUCGCCCUCAGGAAAAAGGCACUCAAGAGCUGACUGCCCCUAUCGGAGCUAAGAGGGGCCUCGCCUUAGACCGCAAGGCUCAGAACCCCAAGGCUCAACCCCUGUCUGCAGAGGGACGGAUGGACAAUCCUGCCCCAACGAGCCCUGGACUCUAGCCUCCUGCUAAGGCCUCCAGAACCUGGAAUCUUCAGACACUGCUAACUCCUGUGUCACCAGCUGAAGCUUCAUCCACUGGACACUCUAGUGACCCUGUGAACUAGGUCCUGCUGAGGUCACCAGAGCCGAUCUACCUCAGAUCCCAUCCCGUGGGCCAACUCUGGAUACUGCAUAGCUUCUGAAGAAUCCUGGGUUUUGAGUACUCUACAACUUUUCUCCUUUUCUUCUUCCUACUUCCUUUUCACCCAUCCCUUGGUUCUGCCACACAAAGCUCUUUUGACCAAUUAGGUCAGCAGAGGCUCAGAUAAUAAUAUAUAAUAUUUCUGAGUCUUUAAUGUAUUGAAAAAGUGUUAUUUUCCAGUGUUUGUUUGCAACUAUAUUAAAGGCAACCAGAAAGUUAACAUCUGA